AGCCUGGGCACAUCCUCCUGCCGCCCGCGCACCUCUCCGCGCGCGUCUCAGCUUCGCGGCUCGGCCCUUGGCUGCGCUCGGCUCCCUCAGGCGCUCGGCCCCUGCCCCGCCCCGCGGGCCGGACAGGGAGGGGCCCAUGGCUGGGCUCCCCGCACACGUGACCUCCAUGCUCUUCCUCGCCCUCCUGCUGCUCCUGGAGCUGAGCCUGGUAGACUCCCUGGGACCCGAAGCCCCUGCUCGGAACCUCCCUGAGAAUCACAUCGACCUCCCGGGCCCAGCACUGUGGACGCCUCAGGCCAGCCACCACCGCCGGCGGGGCCUGGGCAAGAAGGAGCGGGGCCCAGGCAUGCCCGGCCUGGCCCAGGAUGGAGCUGUGGUCACUGCCACCAGGCAGGCCUCCAGGCUGCCAGGGGCAGGGGGGCUGCUGCCUGGGCAGAGGCCUGCUGGCCUGCUGCAGGGCAAGGAUCUGCUCCUGGGCCUGGCACUGCCCGACCCUGAGAAGGACAACCGGUCUCCAGGGUCAGAGAGGACAAAGAAACGCGGCAGGGAGCACAAGAGACGCAGAGAGAGGUUGAAACUGCACAGAGGCCGAGCCUUGGUCCGAGGUCCCAGCUCCCUGAUGAAGAAGGCGGAGCCCGCUGAAGACCAGGCCCCCGACGCGGCGAUGGAGGAAUCCUCCACCAGCCUGGCCCCCACCAUACUCUACCUCACCACCUUUGAGGCAGCACCCGCCACGGAAGAGUCCCUGAUCCUGCCCGUCACAUCCCUGUGGCCCCAGGCUCAGCCCAGGCCUGACGGGGAGGUGAUGCCCACACUGGACAUGGCCUUGUUCGACUGGACCGAUUAUGAAGACUUGAAACCUGAGGUCUGGCCCUCUGCAAAGAAGAAAGAGAAACACCGGGGGAAACUCUCCAUCGAUGGUAACGAAACAUCACCAGCUGAAGGGGAGCCGUGCGACCAUCACCAGGACUGCCUGCCAGGGACCUGCUGUGACCUGCGGGAGCAUCUCUGCACGCCCCACAACCGAGGCCUCAACAACAAAUGCUUUGACGACUGCAUGUGUGCGGAAGGGCUGCGCUGCUACGCCAAAUUCCACCGGAACCGCAGGGUCACACGGAGGAAGGGGCGCUGCGUGGAGCCCGAGACGGCCAACGGCGACCAGGGAUCCUUCAUCAACGUCUAGCGGCCGCGCGAAGCGCCUCCCCACCGGCCUGGGGACUGAGCGCCGGAGGUUUGGAGCAGCCGGGCAAUUUGUUUUUACUUAGCAGCGGGUGAUCAGACGGGGGACCAGAUGACUGAGGCUGCAGGCUCAGGCCCAGAACGCCAGGAGGGGGGCCCAGGAGCCCCGCAGCGGCACGCCUGCGCCCACCCCCUCCCCGGCCCCGGGGGACCCACAGGGCGGCCGGCGCGUCCCGGGGUCCCAGUUCUCCGCCGUGGCAAUGUCGAGAGUGCCCUCUACUGUCCGACCGCAGCACGGUAACAGCUUCGAGUUAAAACGUGAACAGGUUUUUGAGUAGAAAAGAAAUGGAAACUCCUUGAGAGAUGGGGCAAGGGCAGGAGAUGAAUAUGGAACACCUCCUAUGGACCAGGCACUGGGCUAAACGCGGGGCACACGGUAUCUCACUUAGUGGCCAAAUGAUCUUUUAAAGUAGGCAGUGUCGCCAUUUUACAGGUGAGGAAACUGAGGCAGGGUUAGUUUUAUGACUUGCCCAGGGUUCCAGAUCAAUGCUCCUCAGACCUUACCCUGUGUAAGAAUCCCCUGGGGGUCUGGUUAAAAUGCAGAUUCCAAUGCAGUCAAUGUUGCAUCCCGAACAAGCUCCUGGGGCUGCCGGUGCUGCUAGUCCGGGGGCCCCACCGGGAGUGCCCCGGCCCAGGGGGUGAAUGGUGGAGCUGGGGUCCAAACUGGGCCAAGCCUGUCAGGCUCCAAGCCCCGCGUUCUUGCUCCUACUCCACAUCCAAGGACUCAUGCCCGGUUCUCACGGCGUUGGGCAAGGGAGACCUGUUCCCAGGGUUCCUUCCUGUGGUGAAGGCUGCAGGGACUGGCUGUCCUCCUCCUUCUCCGGACAAAGGUGGAUCAUCCUAGACCCAAACAAAACAUGUCUGAAGCACUGCCUGCUUGCAAGGCGAGGUCUGGGCGACUGGCGCCUGCCCUCGGGGAGGUGGUAUUCCGAGAUACGACGUCUUUGGGGGAAACGAUGAUGCUGUGCCUUCUGUUUCUAUGGCCCUGCUCACCCAGUCCUGGGACACGCGCUUUGGAGUGGCCCUGAUACCUCCCUGCAGGGGUUCUUUAGUUUUCGCAGUUCCUGCCCUUUGAGAAUUGAAUGCAAGCGUGGACUCAAGAAAUACACACAUUGCCCAUGUGCGUCUACUUUGCAUCAUCUUCGUGGUUCCCAGGCCCCCCACACCACACUUCUGCAGCAGAGCCCACUGCUGGGGCACCUCUGAGGUCAGGGUGCUGUCUGAAGCUAACUGCCGCUCCCCCCCACCCCCACUGGCCAGACCCAUGAUGCCCACCCAGAACAUCUCUCCCAGCACAUCUGCUGGGACCACCUCAGGAGAGCCACUUACAUCCCCCCACCUGGCAUCUCACUCCUGGCCAACCCUCUGGUCCAGGGGGAACCAGGUUCCAAAUGACAAGAGCCUUCCCCAUCCAGAUUCCCUGCUGGCCUGGACCCCUGCCGGAGGGGCCACGCCCUCAGGGGGCCAGGGCUGUUUACUCCACUGGGAAAAUCAGUGGGGUCAGGGGUCUGGCACCAAGGAAAGCAGAAGGAUCUGGGAGAAACCAAAUACGCUUGUUCUUUUCUCCCUAUGCCAGUUCAGUGGGCAUGGGAACCUCGGGGGGCGGGGCAGGGGAACUGAAAGAGAUCAAAGCCGGCUGUUUGGAAAUCGAAUCCGCCGUCAGUUCUGUCUGUUUGAGACCAGAUAACGCCCAUGCUGAGUGUGCCUCUCAGGGGGUGGCUGACCCGAGACUGUGAUAGAACCCUAAGGAGGUGGCUGCAGGUGGGGAACCAGCAUUACUUAUGUCAGUGGCAGCAGUUAGCUUGGCCCUGGGACAUCAGCCACGGAAACACAGAAGGUCAGGACAAAGCUGAAAGUCCGCACAGAACCGUCACUGCCUCCCAGGGGAGUCCCAUGGUUAGAAAUUCAGGGCCCAUCUCUGCCCUAGCUCCCUCCAUUUUGCACUUGCAAAGAGUGGGUGGGUGGAAUCCUCUUAACUCCAGAGUUAGGGGUCCCAAAGCCCCCUCGGUGUUUAACAAACCUCUCUGGCAGGAAGUUCUUCCUUAGGUCUAUCCUACAUUUCUCUUGCUGGUACAGAAGCCAAUUUCCUCUAAUCCAGGGUUCAGCAAGCUUUUGCCAUAAAGGGCCAGAUAAAUAUUUUAGGCUGUGUUCCAAUAAAAUUGUUUAAGGACACUGAGAUUUGAAUUUUAUAUAAUUUUCACUUGUCACAGACUGUUAUUCUUCUUUGGAUUUUCUAAAACGCAUUUAAAAACGUAAAAACUCUCUUAACCGGCAGACCACACAAAACAGGCAGUGAGGUGGGUCCGGCCCUCGGGCCAGAGUUUACAGAUCCCGCUCUGGUCCGUGGUCUCAGCCUUGGCUGCACCUAAGAAUAACCUGGAGAACUUUCAAAGGUGCUGAUGCCUGGGGCCCACCUGCAAAGAUUCUGGUUGAAUUUGUCUGGGUUGCGUCUGGACUUCGUGUGUUUUCGAAGCUCUCCAGGUGACUCCAGCGUGCAGCCAGGCCUGAGACCUCUGCUCUCAUCCUGCCCACUGUGGGAGCCCAGCAGGUGACAAACGGCCUCCUCCACCUCUCACCACUUUGGUGACCUUAGGAAACUUGGUUAAGGUCUCUGUGCUUUGAUUUCUUCAUCUGUCAAAUGUGGAUAAUAAUUCUCCCUUCACAGGGGUGUUGUGAGUAGUAGAUGCCAAAUCCUUAUAACAUGCUUAGACAGUGCCUAGCACAUAAUUUCUAGGAUAAUUGUAGUAGGUGUUUUGUUUUUUGACAGUGAUCCAUCACAUACUCAAAAGAUCAUUGUCAAGUCACCAUUCAGGCUCCUUCCCCAAAGUGUGUCCCCUGGAACACUGGGGCCAUGAGAUGCUCCACUGGAAAAGCGGGAAUGGGGUUCUGUGGUCAAAGAGGUUUGGGGAACUGCUCUGGACUCAGCCCGAGGCGGCAUGUACAGCUUCUGGACACUGAGGCAGAGCAGGAGGUGUAAGUGGCUUUGCAGUAACAGGCUCACGAGUUUCUAAAACUCCCACCCGGGGGAGAGCUGAGCAGGGGCCAAGUGGACAUCAGUAGCUGCUGGCCAGUCACCUGCGCCUCCUGCAUUCCUCCAGCGGGCGUCUCACGGCCAUUCCCCAGGGACACCCGCGGUUCCCACGGGGCUACCUUUCCAAGAGUGGCUGCAGAGCUUGCUCAGAAUGGGCAGAGGACCUGAGGACCAAGCCUCGUGGGAAAGUGACAGCUUCACUUGCCCCUUGAAGAGUGGCUGAGACACAAGUCAACCCCCAAAGCCACAGCCCCUUGCACCGCGGAGAUGCUGCGGGGGGAUCCUUACUUCCGGCCGUAUUCAUACACCCUUCAAGAUCUCGCUUUGAGACGGACAGCACACGCAACCUGGAGUGGGAUUCGCUUUGCAGCUGGAGAGACAGUAAACACGCACGUGCUCUGCCAAGAACAUGUUUAUAAAGCAACAGAAGAGCAGGGAAAAACGGGUGCUGGGACGGACAGUGGAACAGAACAGUCAACCGCUCAGGCUCCUUGUUGGGGCGUCACGGGGCCAGAAGGGGCACCAUCACCUCUACAAUGACCUCCGCCUCGUGGGAGGGAGUGGGGAGUGCGUGUGUGCGGAGGGGGGGCAACAGGAACCCGUGCUUUGCAGAACCAGGGGCUGGCCUUGCCGGGGGUGUAUUUUCUGAAUCGAAAUCAGGACGGGUGCUCUGAUGCAGGAUCGGUGGCCUCUUCUGGGUGCCAGGGCCCUCUAGCCCCUCCUUACCUGUGGUGUGGUCCAGGACGGGCAGCGUGGCAUCGCCUGGGAGCUUGGUAGAAAUGUGGGAUCCUGGACCCGGCUCCUGACCCACUGAAUCAGAGUCUCUGGCUGUGGGGCCCAGCCAUGAGGGUUUUAAUGGUUCUCUGUCUGUGUACGAUCAAGUUUGAGAGACACGGGGUCUAGGACACGGAGGAGAGACCAGAAAUAUUGGACAUCAGGGACAUUUGGAUGAUUCGGGCACAUCUGCAUUCAGAUGUGAGUUGGCAGAUCUGAGAUCCGGUUUGCCCAGUUAAUGCCCAGCAAUGAUGAACUUGCGGGCUCCGAGCCUUGCCUCCUGGCCGGAACUGGUCUUUAUUUUUAGAGGAAACCAAAUGGAGCACCUGGGCCUGGGGCCCUCAGUCACUGGGUUUUCUGACUCUCAGGAGCUUCCCUGGGGGGCUGUGGUUCCUUUACAGUGUGGGGCAGCAGGGGGAGGGGGGUGCCAUGCCCUUGUGGUCCUGUGAGCCUGUUGCAUGUGCUCUCUGGAGCUGUCAAUAAAGAGAUGAUGAUUAAGAA